AUGUCGAAGAGAAUAAUGUGUGAAGUAUUCUGUACUGCUGAGGACUUAGGAAUGGACAUCUUUUAUAGCGAUACGGACAGUAUGCAUCUCUACAAUGAAGAUAUCCCUCGUUUAGCUGAAGAGUUUGAGAAACGUUAUGGAAGAGUUCUCAUUGGUAAAAACCUUGGUCAAUUUCAUAGCGACUUUGCAGAAAUCACAAAAGAUAAACAAAGUUUAGCAUACAAGUCAAUAUUUUGUGGAAAGAAGACUUACAUAGACUUACUCACGAAUGAUUUAAAUGAAGUUGCAUUUCACUGCAGAAUGAAAGGCGUGAAGCAAGAUGUUAUUGCUUUAACCGCUAAUGAAAUGUUUCCUGACUCUGUUCAGUGUUUCUAUGAUGAAGAUAAAGGUUUAAUGGUUCCGCAAGGAACAUAUGACAAAGACUCUGAGUUCAGUGUUAUGAAGUUAUAUAAAGCACUUCAUGAUGGUCAAGAGAUUGGAUUUGACUUAUGUAAGUCAUGUCAACCUUGCUUUGCUGAAAAGUUUAACUUCUCAAUAACGACUAAAACAAGCUUUAUUCGUAAGUUGAAGUUCUGA